AUGGGCGAUCUUCGACCCCCCAAGGAGCCGGCUAUUCAAUACUUCCCCAGCCAGGACCUUCCCCUACUAUUGACCCGAGAAUCUGGAUUCAUUAACAAGGCCAUUCAGGAUAUCGGCAUGGGCCGCUAUCAGUGGGAGCUUUAUAUCUUGUGCGGAUUUGGUUGGACUGCUGACAAUUUAACGCAGGGAGUUGCCCUGACCCUUACCCCUCUCUCCAUGGAAUUCGGCAUUUCCGAGUCCUAUGUUCGCUUUACUACCUGCGCCUUGUUCGUUGGUCUGAUUGUUGGCGCCACUUUCUGGGGUCUUGCAUCUGAUAUGAUUGGACGUCGAUUGGCUUUCAACACGACUCUCUUCCUGUGCGGCGCGUUUGGUCUUGCAUCGGGCGGCGGUCCCAGCUGGGUUGGUACCUGUGCCCUCUACGCUUGCUUGGGAUUGGGAGUAGGUGGUAACCUGCCCGUUGAUGCUGCCAUCUUCCUCGAGUUCUUGCCCGGUGCUUCAGGAAACAUCCUGAGUUCACUGGCCACAUUCUGGUCAGUGGGUACUUUCAUUGCCAGUAUGCUGGCCUGGGCUUUUAUCCCCAACUACUCUUGCUCCGACUCGAGCAACUGCACCAAGGAAAAUAACAUGGGCUGGAGAUACCUUGUUCUUUCUCUAGGUGCCAUCACCAUGGUGUUCUGGAUGUGUCGAUUCUUCUUUUUUAAGUUGUAUGAAUCGCCCAAGUUCCUAGUCUCCAAGGGUCGGGAUGAGGACGCCGUCGCGGCUAUUCACGGCGUUGCCCAUCACAACAAGAAGAAAACCUGGCUCACGGUGGAAAUCUUGCAAGAGAUUGGCGGAGCUGCCGAGGAUAGCAAGGAACAGAACCUUACCUCUGCGCAAAUCCUGAAGCGCUCAUUGUCCAAAUUCUCCGUGCAGCAGAUCGGACCUUUGUUCUCAUCCAAGCGUCUUGGAAUCACCACCGCCCUCAUCUGGCUCUGCUGGACCACCAUCGGCAUGGGAUACACCCUCUUCAACGCCUUCCUGCCCCAGUAUCUCGGCUCUUCGUCUUCCGUAUAUGUUACCUACCGUAACUACGCCAUCACCUCCGUGACCGGUCUCUUCGGCCCCAUUCUCGCCCUCUACAUGGUCGACAUUAAGUACGUCGGUCGCAAGGGUACAAUGGCCCUGUCGACGUUGGUCACUGCCGUCCUGCUCUUCUGCUUCACUGCAGCCAAGACAUCCGACACUCAACUCGUCUGCUCUGCUCUCGAAUCCUUUACCCAGAUGAUCAUGUACGGUGUCCUGUACGCCUACACUCCUGAGGUCUUCCCCGCUCCCAACCGUGGUACCGGCUCUGGUAUCGCCAGUUGCCUGAACCGCAUUGCUGGAUUCUGUGCCCCUAUCAUCGGUAUCUACGCUUCCGCGAACCCCAGUGCGCCUAUCUAUGCUUCCGGUGCGUUGUUGCUGGUUUCGUUUGUGGCGAUGAUCCUGCUGCCCAUUGAGACUGCGGGUAAGCAGAGUUUGUAG